UCGUUUUUUUAUGUGUUAUGCGACAUAGUUUAUUAUUAUGUUCAACUCUUGAUAUCUACAUAGGACGGUGUUCAUUAUAUAUUAUUGGAUGCGUGUGGUAUCACUGCAAUGUGAUACCACACUGGUUGUCACCACGGAUAUAAGCAAGAAAGAGGAAAAGCGACCUAAAAGAAAAAGAAUUUCCGAUAUGAGGAUCGACGUACGCGGACUGAAGUGUGCAACAGCACUCCGUGCCGUGAAAGUUGCGAUGUACGAAAGUAGCUGCUCCUACGGUGGAGCUCUAGAACUCAAAAGAAGUGCACUUAAAGAAGAACCUUGGCCAACAACAGAAUGGCCGCCUUACCGCCUUCAUCAGUCAACAUUCGAGCAACUGAAACAAAGCGUGGAAAAAGCCAAAGCUGCCUUACAAGACCGGUCAAGUCUCUUGGGUUCAGCAUCGGCAUUCGGUGAUUUUUACGGAGGGCAGUUGGGUCAAGAUGGCACAAGUAUUGGCUUCGGAAGGACGUCUAGAACUGAGGAAUCUAUGCUCGGACCAGUUGAUAAAACUAAAACAUUAGGAACUGAGAAGUUAGCAAGUGGACUCAGUAAGGGAUACAGUACAUCUAGUCUAUCUGACACCUUAAGAGCAAGUAAAUGUACGGAUGCAUCUUACAAAAGCUCAUGGUCAACACAUGCAACGACACAGGGUUCACAAGGCUAUGGAACAAAUUCGUUAUCAGCGAUGUCAAAAUCCACACUGGAUGCACAUACACAUCUGAGGCAGCCAGAUCCAUAUCAGAUGUUUGGACCCACGAGCAGUCGUCUUGCUAAUUCAGGCUCAGGACAAAUUCAGUUAUGGCAAUUUCUUCUUGAACUACUCAGUGACUCGAGCAAUGCAGGCUGCAUCACUUGGGAAGGCACAAAUGGAGAGUUUAAACUAACAGAUCCAGAUGAAGUGGCGCGGCGAUGGGGUGAACGGAAGUCUAAACCAAACAUGAACUACGAUAAACUGAGUCGAGCCCUAAGAUAUUACUACGACAAGAACAUAAUGACGAAGGUACACGGCAAGCGGUACGCAUACAAGUUUGACUUCCAAGGGUUAGCAGCUGCAACUCAGCCGGCGGCCACUGACCAGGCGUACAAAUACCAGAGCGAUCUAUUUAUGAGCUCAUAUCAUCAUUCGGCGAAGUUGUCUUCCUUCAUGGCACCACAUGCAGCGAUGCCUACGUCAACAGCGUCAAUAUUUCCAUCAGCAUCUUGGAGUAAUUGGGGCGGUGGUGGCAGUAACCUCUACUCGCCACACUCAAUGGCUCCUCCCCACGUCGCGUCGCACCUGGGGUCAUAUCCACAUUACGCAUGACCAUCUUUCUGAACAGACUUACGACCUAUCCAACCUGAAAAAAUUGAUAAACUUUUAUUUUAACGUUAAACGGUUGUGUUAUAAAGAUAUAUUGGAUCAUAUAAUUUAUCCGAUAAAAAUAAUCAUUUUCUCUCCUAUUGGUACUUAAAAUAUUCGUCUGUUCAGAUAAUACCACCCGAGUAGGUUGAUUUAGAUCGAGCUAAUCGCGCGCUAUGGAGUUGGACGCGGUGCCGACGGUAAAUGCAAGACUUUAAUUCAAGCUCCAAGAUCCCAAAUACAACGUAAAACCAAAACCAUGACAUUCUAAAAUGUUUUGUCUGAGAAUGUAAUCGAUCUCAAUGAAUUAUGUUUUACUUAUUAACGCCAAAUUAAUCUUUGAUAAGUACCUUAUUAGGAGUGACCGACUUCGAUGACAUUUUCACAUCCAAAUCGAAACGUUGAUACUUUUUGAAUGGACUAAAUUAUAGUUUUGAGGUAUGAAGUCAGUAACAUAUACUUUGCUGUUAUUUUAUUUAUGAAUAUAUUUAACUCAAAUAUUUAUUUAUGUUGAUUUAUUCAAUUAUAUUUAAAAUUUAGGCAAUCGCAAGACUAGUCUUUUUAUCAAAAUUUUGUAAAUAAAUAAAAAAUACCUACUCAUAAACAUUAAGUAGAGGUAUUAUUUAUGUAGGUUAUUGAAAUAAUUAGUUGUAACAAUCCUAUAAUCAAAUUAAUAUAAUACUUAAAAAUUGGUAAAGGUAUAUUAAUUUAUUUAAACAAUAAAGGUGGAUUAUUUAUACGUUAUUUUAAUUAAAGCUUUUUCAUUUGCAUCAAGUUUGUACCUUCUUUUAUGGGAAUGAAAAUGUCUAGUGUAAAUAGAUAAUAUGAUUAGUUAUGUUAUAAAGUGCAAUCAUAAUACAUUUAAUAAAUAGUUGUAUGAUUUAUGUACGUAACUUGUGUAUAUACAUUUGUAUAUCAAGAAUAUAGAAGGUCCUAUGCAUAUAAGCAUAUAUCAAGACAUAUAUACUUAAAAAUAGCCAUUACCGAUACUAUUUAAAAUGAAGUAGGGAACUGAUUGUUUUUUUAGUUUGUUUUCCUACAGGGUUCUGUUGGAGAACACUAAGAGGACAAAACAAACCGGUAUUAAUAAAUAUAAUACAGUUAAGACCGUGUGUCUAGGAUUAUACCAAGAAGGCAAUAUUUUAUAUCCUCAUUAUCCUACAUCCCAUAAUCCGUAAGGAUAAGAAAAUGUUUCCUUAGUUGAACUAAAAAUAUUGUCUUUUUUGGGGGCGUUUUGCGUUGUAGUGACGAUUUUAUUUUCCAUAAAAUAUAUUACAAUGCAAUGUAUAAGUAUAAAAGUAUAAGUAUAUUAUAUACCAAAGACUAAAAUUAUAAAUGAUGUAACCUUAUGAAAUUAUUCUCAUCACCGUAUCUAUUGCAACCAUAAAGUUUUUAGAUGAAGGAACCUCGUAGCUCCGUAGAGCUCGUGUUGCAUUUUACACUACACACCACUUUAUUAUCUGUCAUCUCAGCAUUGUGGACAAGAUAUAAUAAGUGGAAUAUAAACCAUGUCACAAUACGCACAGCAUGCAAUAUAAAAGGAUCCUAAAUUUUCGUGAGUCUAUGAAUAGUAUAAUUUAAAUUUUUUAUUCAAGUCAAUAUUUUAUAAGUUGUCCUUGCUAUUUACAAGUCGACGCCGGGGGCAUUGAAAGUGGCAGCUAACAUAGGUUAAAAUUUUGAUUGCCUAUAUUUGAUAUUAUUCUCAUUUCCAUAAUAUUAACUUUCAUCCUAGACCAUGCACAGAGAAUGUGGGGUAAUCUGGAAUCUAGGCGUGUCUAAAAAAGGAGUAUUAAUACUGUUUAAAUCGAUUCUAAUCAAGGUUUUAUAAUUUGCAAAUAGCCAGAAUUUUUACUUUAUUAUUUAAACAUUACUGAAACUGAACACAAUUACGAUACAAUAAUUAGUUUAUUUUUAAUAAACCUAUUAUUUUACUAAAAUUACGUUCAUAUCAUUCCAAAAUACUUAUAUAAUUAGUUUAAUUCUAAUUAAUAGUUACCUUUAUUGUGAUGAUAGUGUUCCGUAAAAUAUUUGUUCUUUGAAAUGAUUACUAUCCAUUCUACUACUAGACAUGUUCUGAACAAUUCGCGAAUUUUAACCAAAUUUAUAUAUGGAGAAAAUCGCAAUUUUGAGCACUAAUACUAGUUUUGUAGAGUAGAUAAUACUCAUUCAAAUUAUUUUUAUGAAGCGUUUUAUUUAAAUGCAUGUGUCUAAUAUACAUUAUAAUUAGCCGUAGAAUCAUUGUAUAGAUGUUAUAAUUGUACUUGCAAAAUAAAGAGAAUUGAAAAUA